AUGGCCGCCUUCUUUUCCGGCGCACAAGCCGGAGAGAAGCUCCUGGAUGCUUUCCCAUCUGCCGCUACGCUGGUCGAAUUGAAGGACGACAAGCUUGACGACCGGCCAAAGACGAAGACCAAGACCAAAACCUCAAAGGCGCCUGCGAACGGCAAGACGGCCAAGAAUGCCACCAAAGAGGUCAAACUCAACAAGGAGCAGAGGGAGAGCGCUCAGACUACUACUCCGACAAUCGCGGCGGGCAAGGUCGGUCCCGAGUGGGGACGGUUCAACGGCGGAACGUGGCUCGGUGCUCUCGGCUGCGGUGGAAUCAUCCUCAUCUGCCCCGUGCUCGUGAUCCUGCUCCAGAUCGCCUUGUUCUACUUCAACGGCUCGAUCCUGAACGUGUUCCUGUCGCUGUACGAGCUCGGCCCCGUUGAGUUCACGGUUCGCUACGCGCCGAGAUACUCGCAGACCGCCACCUUGGGAUACGUCGCGUGGCUACUGUUCCAGGGCUUCCUCUACAUGUGCCUUCCGUCCAAGAUCUGCUACGGCCAGCAGACCCCCGCCGGCCACCUCCUGCCCUACCACAUCAACGGACUCUACGCGUGGGCCGUCACCCACAUCGCGUACUUCGCCGGCUCGUACUUUGGCCUGUUGGACCCUGCCAUCAUCGCCAAGAACUGGGAGGGUUUGAUCAUCGCGUUCAACAUGUACGGUUACAUCCUGCCGCUGAUCGCCUACAUCAAGGCGCAUCUCGCGCCCACCCACAAGGAUGACAUCAAGUUCUCAGGAUCCAUGAUUUACGACUACUACAUGGGCAUCGAGUUCAACCCCCGCAUCGGUGCUUGGUUCGAUUUCAAGCUCUUCCACAAUGGCCGUCCCGGAAUCGUGAUGUGGACUUUGAUGGAGAUCUCGCGUCGUGGUGGGGGUGGGUGGGGCAAUGUCAGCGAUCUCUCGUUCGCCGCGUACCAGUAUCAGCUCCACGGAUUCGUCAGCAACUCGAUGAUCGUCGUCAACAUCCUGCACGCGUUCUACGUCGUGGACUUCUUCAUCAAUGAGGACUGGUACCUCCGCACCAUCGACAUCUGCCACGACCACUACGGUUUCUACCUUGCCUGGGGAUCCAUGGUCUGGCUGCCCACCGUCUACACCCUCCAGGCUCAGUACCUCGCGUACAACCCGUACUCGCUGUCGAACUACGCCGCCGCCGGCCUUCUCGCCACCGGAGUCUCGGGCUACGCCCUCUUCCGCGCCGUCAACUACCAGAAGGACCUGACACGCCGCACCAAGGGCGAGUGCAACAUUUGGGGCAAGAAGGCGGAGGUGAUCAAAGCGAAGUACACUACCGCGGACGGCAAGGAGCACGAGACGAUCCUGUUGUGCUCCGGCUGGUGGGGCGUCUGCCGCCACGCCAACUACCUCGGCGACCUCGUCCUGAGCUUCUCGGUGUGCGCUGCUUCGGGACUCGCCACCCUCGGCACCGGCGUCGAUGGUCUCGAUAUCUGGCAGAAGGGCGGGUUCAUGCUACUCCCUUGGACCUACGCCAUCUUCAUGACUAUCCUCCUCAUUCAGCGCUGCAUUCGCGACGAGGAGCGCUGCAGUGGCAAGUAUGGAAAGACUUGGGAGGAGUACUGCAAUAAGGUCCGGUGGAGGUUGAUUCCUGGCGUGUUUUAA